GCGGUAAUUUUUUGCGCAUCACGUAUAUUAUAGGUAAAACACGGCGUGACAGCGCCAGACUGCACAAUUCCUGAAUUGAAACGACUAGGUAGGCUCGCUUCGCUCGCCUAUUAGUGUAUUUGCGAAGGCAGUCUAAAAUUUUGUGUUGAAGUCAAAGACAUCAGCAUGGGCGAAGGAAAUGCAGUAAUUUUUAUUGUUGGGACAAUAAUCGCAGAUGUUGUUGGAGCACUACUAGCUGCCAUAGAUAUUGGCCUGGGUGCCUGGUUCUUGCAAAGGGAUGAUGACAUAUUCGGUUGCUCUAGUGAAAGUGAUGAUAUUGAGCAAGGCAAUUUCAUCAUUGGUGUAUUGUCAAUUCUAGUUGGUGCUCUCUUUUACUACUAUCUGAUCUUACUGGGAAUAGCAGGUCUUUUACUACUAUGUGAUGGCUACUCAGCAGUAAAAAUUUUUGUUGGUAUUUUAGCGGCCGGCAGUACCGUCGUUGGAAUAAUUAAUACCUUUAUUGAUGCAGUUUUUUCUGGUAUUAAUGAGAAUUGUGGAACGACUGAAGCUAAUGCUUUCCUGUUCUUUAAUAUUGUAAUCAGCCUCCUUGGUGGCUAUGUUGCAGUUCAAGUAUUUAUACUUCUUUUUGUGGCUAUUUUUGUUAAAAACUGAUUGUGGUUAGCUACUUAUUGUGUAUGACUGUGGUGAGAUUGUACACAUCAUAAUCAUUUUUUGACACAA